UGGAUAAUGUGUCGUGUUAAAUGAGGGAGACAACUCUUGCUUUUGGUCAUUAAAUCUCGUAUUUCAAUUCAUUAGUACAAAAAGAUGCGGGCAAAAUGAAAUACGAGAUUGGAAAACAAUUGCUAGUAAAGGACCACAAUUUUUUAUUUUAUUUUCGUGUAUCCUUAUAUGUACGAGGUUUCUCUCAUUUCUGCUGUGAUAUCAUGAUUGACUAUGACCUUACCCUUCAAUAACCAAUCAUAUUGAAACAUCUACACAAGACUUAGUGCAUAACUUUUGUUUCCUAGUUCUUCAUUCACAAUUAUUGUACCCUUUUCAUGUUCCAACAAAUGACAAAAUGUGACUGAAGACAUCCACGGCUAAGAUUCCAUCUUGGUACUUUCUUUGCAACACAUUACACAUGUAAUAAGUUGAGCAGCAAUGCUAAACUGCAGAUGUAAUAGUUAAACUAAGCAUGUCGUUUUUCCAGACGUUCAUUUGUUCACCUAGCAUGCACUGUUUCAUACCUAGAGACACGAUGCACAGGAAAGGGAAACAAAAACGAGCAAUGAUGAGACUUACAGCGUCGUCGAUCAUCCAUCAAGGUGAAGAAUUCCACACUCCAGCAGCUCUCAGUGAUCCAACCAAUGUUAUAGGGAUACUUGGAGGUGAUUCCAGUCUGAUUUUCGCCAAGAAACUCGUUGAUCACGAAACAGAGCUGCCAUUCAUCCUCUGCAUGGAACCAGUGCUAAGAAAUGAGCUUUUGUUGCUUCAAAAAGGUCCGUUCCGUUGCCUUUCUGGUAAACCUGAACGAGUGCAUAUUGACCACAGUUUGGUCGUUGAAAAAUUAAGGUGUAAACGAGCAAUUCUUGAGAAAUGUGGAGUUUGCUGCAUUGUGAUGCCUUGUCAUGUACUGCAAUGUUGGCACGAUGAAAUUGAAGAGGGAUGCUCCGUACCUUUUAUUCAUAUGGGCGAAUCUGUAGCCGAGGAGCUCAAGGAGGCAAAGCUGAGGCCGAUUGAAGCUGGAAGCGCUCUCAGCAUUGGUGUUCUAGCCACCAACUCAUCGUUGGUGACUAGGAUGUAUCAGCAGAAACUUGAAAACGAGGGUUUUGAGGUUUUAAUACCGGAUUCAAACACCUUGAAACAUAUAGUGAUGCCUGCAGUUGAAGCGUUGAGCCAAAAAGACUUUGUAGGAGCAACGAAUUUGUUGAGAAUCUCUCUUCAUAUUCUUCUGGUUAGAGCUGUGAACCGGAUAGUUCUUGCUUCUGACGAGUUACGAGAACUUUUGCCUCCGGAUGAUCCCUUGUGGAGAAAAUGCAUAGAUCCGAUGGAUGCUUUAGCCUGCUCGACUGUCAAGUACGCUCAAUCUGCAGAGAGAAGAAGUAAAUAGAGAAAGCUAGCAAGUUCAUGUGAAUGUCAAAUGUCAAUAUAUAUUUCUGAGUGUAACAUUUAUUAAAAUCAUACUUACGUGUAAGCUGCAAAACAACGUUCAAACGGGCUGUAUAAGCAAAAUGGUUAGUUCAAGUGGCAGGUUGCACUA